AUGUUAGUUCAGAAUAGAACCAGUUUCCACCCAACUACUUUCCUUCUCCUUGGAAUUCCAGGGCUGGAGGCAGCUCAUGUCUGGAUCUCCAUCCGCUUUUGCCUGGUCUACCUACUGGCUCUGAUGGGGAAUUGUGUUCUUGUGUUCAUCAUCAAGAUGGACCCCAGUCAUCAUGAGCCCAUGUGUCUCUUCCUCUGCAUGCUCUCUCUGAAUGACUUGAUGCUUAGCACCACUGCCCUUCCCAAGAUUCUCAGCCUUUUCUGAUUCAAUGACAGAGAAAUCAGCUUUAAAGCUUGCUUCUCCCAGAUAUUCUUCAUCCACUCUUUGUUCGCCAUGGAGUCAGGUUUUUUAUUGGCCAUGGCCUUUGAACGAUAUGUGGCCAUCUGCAACCCUCUAAGGCUCUCCACCAUUCUUACACAUGGAGUAAGCAUGGCUUUGAGUUUGCCCAUUGUCCUACGUGGAAUUAUCCUGCUGAGUCCUCAUCCUUUCUUACUGAUGAGGCUUCCCUACUGCAAAACCAAUGUCAUCACCAAUACCUACUGUGAAUUUAUGGCCCUGAUCAAACUGGCCUGUGCCAAUACCAGGAUCCACAGACUCUAAGCCUUAACCACCUCCCUUUCAGGUGGGCUGGACUUAAUAUUGAUAAUGUGCUCUUAUAUUCUUAUUCUUCGUGCUGUGUUUCAACUUCCAUCAAAGGAGGCUAGACUGACCUUAAGCACAUGCAGCUCUCAUGCUUGGGUCAUCCUACUGUUUUACAUUCCCGCCUUUUUCUCAUUCAUCACUCAUAGAUUUGGUGAGAACAUAGCUCCUCACAUCCACAUCUUUAUAGCCAACAUUUAUCUUCUUAUCCCUCUGAUGAUAAACCCUGUCAUCUAUGGUGUCAAAACAAAAAAUAUUGGGGAGAGAUUUCUUAAAGUCUUCACAAACACAUACAUUUUGAUAUAUCCAAAGCAAAAUCGAGAGGAGGUUACAGAGUUCCCGUAUCUCUGCCCUCACAAACACAUAGCAUACCCUACUAUCAACAUUCCUCAUGAAGGUGACGCAUUUGUGAGAAGUAUAUGUGCUUUUGACUGCUCCAGGGACAAAAAGGGAAAGAAAGCAAGAAUAUAUCUUCAUGUAACCAGAAUCACCAUUCAUGACUUUAACUCCACUGCAUUCACCAAUCCUAGUACCUUCUUCCUGAUGGGCAUCCCUGGUCUAGAAGACUUGCAUAUUUGGAUAUCCAUCCCUUUCUGCUCAAUGUAUAUUGUUGCCCUCAUGGGAAACAUACUCAUCCUUUUCAUCAUCAAAACUGAGACUGUUCUCCAUGAGCCCAUGUUCUAUUUUCUUUCCAUGUUGGCCAUCACAGAAUUCAUCUUGUCAACCUCCACUCUUCCCAAGAUGUUGGGUAUAUUCUGGUUCAAUUAUCAUGAAAUCAGCUUCCAUGCCUGUCUCACUCAGAUGUUUUUCAUCCAUGCUUUCUCUGGCGUGGAGUCAGGGCUUCUCGUGGCCAUGGCACUUGACCGGUAUGUGGCAAUCUGCAAUCCACUGAGACACUCAUCCAUUCUUACAAAUUCUGUGGUGGCUCAGGUUGGCCUGGUGGCACUUCUGCGUGGGUUAGUACUAAAGACACCACAUCCCUUCCUGGUGAGGAGAUGGCCAUAUUGCCAGUCCAAUGUAGUCCCCCACACAUACUGUGAGCACAUGGCUGUGAUGAAAUUGGCUUGUGCUGACAUUUCCAUCAAUAGUCUUUAUAGUUUGGCAGUCAUUAUCUUAAUUGUUGGGACUGAUGUGACAUGUAUCUUUCUGUCCUAUGUACAGAUUCUUCAAACUGUAUUUAAUCUCCCUUCUAAUGAUGCCAGGUUGAAGACCCUCAGCACUUGUGGGUCCCAUGUGUGUGUAAUCCUCACCUUUUACAUCCCUGCUCUUUCCUCCUUCCUCACCCACCAUUUUAGCAAGCAUAUGCCAUGCCACACCUACAUCUUGCUGGCCAACAUGUACUUGUUGGUAUCACCUAUGCUGAACCCUAUCAUUUAUGGAGUAAGGACCAGGCAGAUCUGA